AUGCCAUUCCGUGCGGUGAGCCUGUGCAAGCCAUGCCUCAACAAGAAGUACCCGCUGCGGACGCAGCUCCUGCUGAGCUUCCUCGCCCUGGCCGCGGUGAGUCUGCUGUUGGCCCUAGCGGUGGUCAUGGGCACGACGGCCUUCAUCGGCGACAAGGCCAAGUCCGAGGCCCGCGACAGCCUGGAGAACCAGAUCAAGCGACACCUCACGAACGCCAGCGAGGAGUCCGCCACCGCCGUCAGAGAAUGGUUCCGGAAUCUCCAGUACGGGGUGCUCGACGUCACGGCCUUCGCCCUCAGGGACGCACGUCAAGAGAACCUAGUCCUCGAUGGCGGAAAUGAGGGUUACCCGCUAACCCCGGCCCACACCGACCUUCGCGAUACUGAGAUCGCAACAAGCGCAGAAGCUAACCUGCAGAACUUCUCCCGAAUGAGCUUCGAAGUGGACCUGUCCCGCAGCACCUGGUACUACGCUGAUGCCGAGUCCUACACAGUCGAGGUUCCGGAGGACGAGAUGGCCACGAUCACCCAAACCGCCCGGCUGGAUCUGCUGUGGCCGGCCGUGUACAUCAACUCGUACGACACGAAGGGGGUCUACGUUGGAGUAGAGCUCUCGACGACGGGCCGGACGAUCCGCUAUUUUCCGGGAACGGACCUCAGCGGGGUGGAGGGCUCUCGCUUCGCGUGCGAGUACGUGGAGGAAGACGGUUCGAUCGCUCCGUGCUUCGACCCGACCGUUCGCCCCUGGUACCAAGGAGCCGAGGAUGCAGCUGUCGACUCGGGGACUUCUCUCGGAGCGGCCAUCAUCAGCGAUCCCUACAAGGACGCAAUCGACGACGAAUGGUUGCUGUCUCUGGCCCGUGCCGUCUAUAGCGACUCGGGUUCGACUCGUGGCAACCUCCUGGGGGUGGUCGGCAUGGAUGUGCGGCUGGAGCAAGUGCAGGAGUCAGUGGAGGGCAUCAACUUCCUCAAUACCGGCUAUUCUAUCCUGGCAACAGCGGAUGGAAUCGUGCUGGCCGCCGGCGUGUGGGACAAGGACGCUACGGAGGAAGCCCCAACGGUCUGCGCCAUUGGUAACGGCAUCUGCUCCGGCAGCGACGGCGACGAAUGGGUGGACCUGCUGGCGGAAAUCGAGAACGGCGGGAUCAAAAGCUUCACUUCGACGUCUACCGCCGGCGUUGACGAGGAGUGGAUCCUGGUCGCCGCCCCCGUGGAGGGGAACUUCGCCACGGCCACUUCCGGCGGUGCUGGCACGGUAACCCACUACAUCCUGAGCGCCGUUCCUCGGAACGAAAUCUUCGAGCCGGUGGUUGGAAUGGCGGACUCGAUAAGGGACAGCACGGUUCAGAUCAUCGUCACGACGGCCAUCGUCGCCUGCUUCACCCUGGUCGCCGUGGCUCUCUCUGUCUACUUCCUGGCCGGCUCCAUCACGCGCCCCAUCGUCAAGAUGACAUCAGCCGCACGCAGCAUCGCCGCGGACGGGGCGAAGACCGACGUCUUCGGCAGUGUAAUGGCCACGUGGGGCGCCAGGAGGGACUCGGCCAGAGACUCGGCCGACGGCCGCGGCAUCGACGUUAGCACGCCGGGACGUUUCACCGUGAACCGCACCGCGUGCCUGGACUACCUCCUCUGCCGCGGAGACGACGAGAUCUCCACCCUCGGCAGAGAGUUCUCGCUCAUGAUCACCGGGCUCGGGAGGCGGGGGUCGGCGGCGGAGGCGACAGGUCUGAUGGACGAGCGAGCGGGAUACCCCAAGAACCCUUACGCGGCGACGAUUGUCAAGCGGCCACCCCCAACAGGGCCGUCUGCAUCCGGUGGCGCCGCUGCGCCUGGCCCGAAGUCUUGAGAAUGUACGUGCCGUAGCUCCAGUGGCUCAAAUCGUGGCUGGCUGUUGAGCUCCUGCCGCUGCCGUCGUCGCCGUUCGUUGCCGUUGACGCGUCGUACUUAAAAAGGACGGAGCUUCAGCAAUGUCUGCGGUGGCAUUGGUGGUAUAUUGCAACGAAUUCACGCGAGACGGCGGCCCACCCUCAGAAAUGGGCUGGCGGCGUAGGGUCACCCAACCCAACGCCCUCGGCCGUCUGCGGUGUAGGAUCAAUCGACGCAAGCGGAAUCUGCACAAGCAAGUGGGGCAGUCGCCACUCCAAGCAUGUCACCAGACUCCAACUCGGCGCACCCGGUCAGCGGGACGCUUUGAGGCCCGUCCGAUAACCACUGACACCCACCCCCUCCGUGAACGACGAGUGAGUGGGUCGCUGCUGGCGUCUGGCGCGAGGGCGUUUCAGUUACAAAUUUGUGCUAUCGUCGUUGCCCGUAGUCUUUACCUCGAAACGUCGUCGGGGCUGUUCAUGAUUGCCGUUGGUGGCGUUUAAUGGUGAAUGCAUAUGUAGAAGCAAAAGCGGUCGGGAUGGCGUGGUCGAUUCAGUGGGUGCUACUCGGUGAACGUUUGAAUUGCGCCGGGUGGAGUUUUGGUGGGGAAGGUGCAUUGUAGGCCGAUGAUUGUGAGAAGAUGAAACAUCGCUUCUCCAGUGACGGCCCUCUUGUUUUCCGCUUUAGGAGAUUGAUUCGCGUACGUUCUACCAGCAUUUAUGAUACAAGGUGGUCUUUGGUUCAUCACUGAGUUUCGAACCCUGUGCGGGUCCUUUUUCGAACCGAAGGGUCUGUUCGCGUUUGAUUAAGACGGCGCAGGGAGGAGGAGAGCCGAGGGGGGGCAGGGUGUACAGCAAAGGGGGUGUCAUUUUACGUGUACUUUUCCAUCUCACGCGGGGUUACUGCUGCUGAGGUUGGGCAUCGCGUGUCGAACGGGAGCGAUGGGCUCUAUCUUUGCUGUUUUCCACGUAACAUUAUUUGUUUGUCAUAUUUCCCGACACAAGUCGCGCCAGCGACGUCUGAAGUUGUGUAGUCUGAGUUGGGGCCUCUUAUUAUUAUUGUCUAUUUGGUUAGUUUUUUUGUGUUUUCUUGUUCUUGGUAUACAAGGACACACAGCCGUCGUACUAUCAUGGAACACAUCGACCCUAGACUAUUGGUUUUAGUGUAGGGUCUAACCUGAGCACCUGAUGGGCGAUCUAAGAUGUAGUACAACUUCUGGGAGCCCGAAUGAAAAAUAUUUGAAGGCACAUGAUGUGCUAACAUAGAUAAAAAGAAGUGUAGUCUGGGUUUUGACUAGUCGCAAUUCCCAGGUUUUCGAUAAAUUGUUGGCUCGUACUACACUUUGUCGCGAUUGGGAUGAUUUUCUGGGCCAUUGAGCGGAGACCGGGACGGUUUUUGAUGUGA